AUGCUCUGUCAGAUUAUUCAUAUUUUUCUUUUCUCAAGUCAGAUUAUUUAAUUAAAAUAUUUCCAACUAAAGUGAUAAGAUUAUGUAAUAUUUGGGGGACAAUUUAUCGACUUAAAGAGGCCGAGACAGAUGUUAUCCUCUUGAUUUUUUUUGUAAAAAUCAAAACUUUAAGAGCUAUGGAAGAGGAGAAUGUUACUAGUUCACCUUCAACACCGGUACAUAGGCUUAGACAUCGAAGACGUUCUAAUGAGGUUGUUAUGGAUGGGGACAGAGUAAAUGCAAGUCCUUUGUUGGUUAAUGAUCGAAAUAAGUACAAAUCUUUCAUGGUCCGGACUUACUCGACUUUAUGGAUGAUUGGUGGUUUUGUUUUGAUUGUCUACAUGGGUCAUCUCUAUAUCACAGCUAUGGUUGUUGUUAUUCAAAUUUUUAUGGCUAAAGAGUUGUUUAAUCUGCUGAGGAAAGCACCUGAGGAUAAAUGUCUCCCCUGGAUUAAACAGCUUAAUUGGCACUUCUUUUUCACUGCCAUGCUUUUCGUAUAUGGCCGGAUCCUUAGUCAACGGUUAGCUAAUACCAUGACUGCAGAUCAGUUCUUUUAUCGGCUAGUCACCGGCCUUAUCAAAUACCAUAUGGCUAUCUGUUACUUGUUGUAUAUUAUAGGUUUCAUGUGGUUCAUUCUCACAUUAAAAAAGAAGAUGUACAAGUACCAGUUUGGCCAGUAUGCAUGGACCCACAUGAUUUUGAUAGUCGUGUUUACUCAAUCGUCGUUCACUGUUGCCAACAUAUUUGAAGGGAUCUUCUGGUUUCUUCUUCCAGCAUCUUUAAUUAUAAUCAACGACAUCUUCGCUUACAUUUUCGGUUUCUUCUUUGGAAGAACUCCCUUAAUAAAGCUAUCUCCAAAGAAAACAUGGGAGGGAUUCAUCGGAGCCUCUGUGACAACUAUCAUCUCUGCAUUUGUUCUGGCAAAUAUUUUGGGUCGUUUCCCUUGGUUGACAUGCCCACGACAGGAUUUGUCCACUGGGUGGCUACAGUGUGACGCUGAUCCAUUGUUCAAACCUGAACCUUUUGCUUUACCUGCAUGGAUCCCAGAAUGGUUUCCUUGGAAGGAAAUGACGGUCCUCCCUGUUCAGUGGCAUGCAUUAUGCCUCGGUUUGUUCGCUUCAAUCAUAGCACCUUUUGGAGGGUUUUUCGCUAGCGGGUUUAAAAGAGCAUUCAAAAUCAAGGACUUUGGUGAUAGUAUUCCAGGACAUGGUGGAAUCACAGACAGAAUGGACUGUCAGAUGGUUAUGGCAGUAUUUGCUUACAUAUAUCUCCAGUCAUUUAUAGUCUCCCAAAGCGUUUCGGUUGACAAAAUCCUAGACCAGGUAUUGACGAACCUUACUUUCGAGGAACAACAAGCGCUGUUCGUGAAAUUAGGACAAAUGCUGAAGGACAAGCUCUCAUAGUUUCCACUCCCCCCCCCCCCCCCAAAAGUUCUUUUAUUCAGAUUCUGAUUCUCCAAGAACAGGUUUCUCUGGAAUAUCCUUUUAUCUUUGUCCUUUACUAGAGACAAUAAAUUUAAAAUUGGAUA